UUCUCCAUCCCCCAGCAGAUAGUCUAUUUCGAAAGCAAAAGUAAUUAAUUCAUGCGAAUACAUAGGCAAAGGAGAAGCAUAAGUACGUCAUGUUACAAUGUAUAGCUAACUAACUUUAAUAUGUUUAUAUGUUGACAUUACGCUUGUCACACAGAAAUAACAUCUUUGCUUGUCAGAUAGCGGCUAGCCUAACGUUAGCUAGCGGGCCAAAUAUGUUUUUGUGUUAACUAGCAUGCUAUCUGCACUGUUUACGUGCCUGUACUAGUUCCAAUGACAACUAGCUAGUCGUUUUCCUAGCAUUUCAACACAUAGAAAGUUAGUUUGUUCACAUUGCUUAAGUUAAGUGCAAUGACCGGUGCCUCCACUUUCAAGUAAUUGCUGGUCUAAGUGAUGUUCAGAUUGACUGGUCUGUAUAGUAUAGUACGCAGGGCAGUCUGCAAUGGCACAGAGGACAUCGUGAAAGGCAAAUUCUUCUACGCUGUGAGGAAAGGAUUCAAACCUGGCGUUUACGAAACCUGGGAUGAAUGUAAGAGCCAAGUCGACAAGUUCCCAUAUGCCAGCUACAAGAAGUUUGCAGCAGAAAAGGAUGCAUGGGCAUUUGUCAGAAGCCUAGCAACCUCGAUAACGCCAGACCUGUCAGAGGGAGCCAGCUAUGAGGCAACACUCCCUAGAAGAGCACCGAAGGCCCUUGAGUACAUACCCAUUGGUCAGAAGAGGCACUAUGAUCACAUAGACGAGGAGGAGGUGUCCCCUGCCAAACAGAGUCAAUACAGCAGCCCAUCUUCAAAAAGCUCUGAUGGAUUCACCUACAUUGGUGAUGCAGUGGUGGUGUACACAGAUGGUUGCUGUUCAGGCAAUGGGAAGGCCGGGGCCCGAGCUGGCAUCGGAGUGUACUGGGGACGUGACCAUCCUCUGAAUGUAGCUGAACCACUGGAUGGAAGACAGACCAACCAGAGAGCUGAAUUACAGGCAGCAUGUAAAGCCUUGGAGCAGGCCAAAGAGAUGAACAUCAAGAAGUUGGUGCUUUAUACAGACAGCAAGUUCACCAUAAACGGUGUCACCAGCUGGGUGAAGAACUGGAAGCUGAACAACUGGAGGCUUAACUCUGGUGGCCCCGUCAUCAACAAAGAGCACUUUGAAAAACUUGACAAGCUGAAUGAAGAGCUGGAGGUUGUAUGGUUGCACAUCCCGGGCCACGCUGGGUACCCAGGGAACGAGGAGGCCGACAGGCUGUCCAGAGCGGGAGCAGCGAAACACUUAGAUUAGCCAAAGGAAGAUGAUCUCAUUUACUGCUCCUGGGCAGUUCAUUCAACAUUUGGAUUAUGGUUUUGAAUGGAAUAUGGGAAUUAUAUAUGGUCUGUUCUGUUGGGCUGCCAUGUUCUAAAUGUUAUGAAAUAACAUCUACUUCCAUCCUGUUUGACAUGUUCUAAAUGUUAUGAAAUAACAUCUACUUCCAUCCUGUUUGA